UGACCAGACACACAACACACAAGUACACGUCCAGUCUCCCAAAUACACCAUGACCGACAAACUCCGUGUCCUUCUCGUCGGCAACGGCGGCCGCGAACACGCCAUCGCCUGGAAACUCGCCCAAUCGCCUCGUGUUGAGCACAUCUACGUUGUACCCGGUAACGGCGGCACCGCAUCCUCCGCAAACACCACAAACGUCCCGUCAAUCAAGCAGGAAGACUUCCCCGCACUCGUACAAUUCGCGAAGGAGAAGAACAUCAACCUACUCGUCCCCGGUCCCGAGGCUCCCCUCGUCGCGGGAAUUGUCGACUACUUCGAGAAGCAUGGCGACAAGAGCGUGCGGUUCUUCGGGCCGAGCGAGGCAGCUGCGAGGAUGGAGGGCAGCAAGACGUUCAGCAAGGACUUCAUGAAGAGGAACAACAUCCCCACCGCGGCGUAUGAGAACUUCAGCGACUACGAGAAGGCGAAGGCGUACUUGGACUCGAUAGAUCACAAUGUCGUGAUCAAGGCAUCAGGGCUUGCAGCAGGCAAGGGUGUUUUAAUCCCACAGACUAAGGAAGAAGCACACGCUGGGCUCAAGGAUAUCAUGCUGGACAGGGAAUUCGGCGCCGCGGGCGACGAGGUUGUUAUUGAGGAGUUCCUCGAGGGCGAUGAGCUGUCUAUCCUAACUUUCUCAGACGGCGCAACGAUCAAGUCGCUGCCCCCUGCACAAGACCACAAGAGAAUUGGGGACGGAGACACUGGGCCAAACACAGGUGGCAUGGGCACAUACGCACCCACGCGCAUCGCACCGCCUGAGGUCAUCGAGGCGGUUCAUAAAGACAUCCUCCAGCCAACCGUUGACGGCAUGAAGAAAGAGGGCUAUACAUUCAAGGGAGUUCUCUUCACUGGCCUGAUGAUGACAAAGCAAGGUCCGAAGGUGCUGGAAUACAACGUCCGGUUUGGUGACCCCGAGACUCAGAGUUUGCUCGCGCUCAUGGAGAGUGACCUCGCGGAAGUCAUGGUUGCGUGCGCCGAGGGAAGACUAUCGGAGGUCGAUGUCAAAGUGGGGAAUAAGUCCGCGGCUACGGUCGUAGUAGCGGCGGGAGGGUACCCUGGUUCAUAUGCAAAGGGCACGGUUAUGACGCUGGAUCAGGUACCGGAAGAUGUGGUCCUCUUCCAUGCUGGAACCUCACUCAUAGACAACACGCUCAAGACUGCAGGCGGUCGUGUCAUUGCAUCAACAGCGACAGCAGCCACGCUGGAAGAAGCUGUUGCGAAGGCGUACAAGGGUGUUGACUGCAUACACUUCGAUGGCAUGCAGUACCGGAAGGACAUCGCUGGUCGGGCACUGAAAAAGUAGAGGAAUUGUAUAUACCAGGUUGGGUUGCGUAGAGAAAACUGUGGCGUCGCGGGACAUUUAAAGUACGAUCGAUUACCUUUCGAAAAUCGUUUUGACGUAUAUGAGGCUGGAGCGUUCGCCGUGACCGACAGCGAUUUCUUGUAGUAUGCGUUCUACUACACCAUCUUGUGUUUCGGACUAACAUGUUCGUUGCAUGGACAAGGAACAAUGGCGACUCGACGUCACUGACCAAUCAAUGUUCAGCUCGUUACGGGGAGAGCCACUGGGUGAGUGAACGCUAGUGCCACACCAUUCUUUUGAAAUACCUAAUCACAAGCGGCACGAUGCCUUGGGUCAGCUCAGACGUGGAAGCUCGGGUCGCUAGUUUGGGCUUGAGAUGGUGGCUGGAAGCUGACCUUUGGAGCGACGAGAGCCACCGCAAUACUUGGCUCCAACGAUCAGGUCAAGAAGUUCGAAGAGGUGGACAAGGACGAGCUGAUUGAG